AUGUCCCACCCCCGCGUAGAAGAGGUAUCCGACUCGGAGGAUGACGUUCAAAUGUCGGACCCCUCCGAAGACGACAUCGACGACUUUGUCGAAUCAGACAUCAUCCGCACCCGUCAAGCAGCCCCUUCCAGACCAACCCCCCCUCCUCAGCAACAACCCCCACCCCAAUUCCGCCAGCCACAACAGCCCCCCGCCUACCCCCAGAUGCAAACAACAACCGACGCAACCCCGUACGCAUCCUACCUCUGCCUGUACCCAAUCUACUUCUCCAGCCUGCACACCCGCGCCCAAGGCCGCCGCGUCUCCGCCGCCGUCGCCGUCCCCAACCCGCUAGCCACCGAGAUCUUGGCCGCCUGCGCGAACCUCAACAUCCCCACCGUCUUCGAAGCAGGCAAGCUCCACCCCAAGGACUGGGCCAACCCGGGCAGGGUCAAGGUCUCCCUCGCGAACCAGACCCGCGUCAAGAACAAGCAUCACUUGUUCCUGCUCGUGGCUCAGCACCUAAAGAGCCAUCCCAUCACCGAUGCCUCCCCUGCGCUGAGGGUCCACGUCCGCGGCGCGCCGCCUCCUCCCGAACUCAAGCCUGGGGAGCAAUGGCCCAGACCUUCUGUGCCCAGAGGCUGGAAGAUGUCAGAACUGUUGCCUCACUACAGCCCCGCCAUGACUGGUGGCGGAGUCAGCGAGAACUUUUUGAAGGAUAUGAUGAGCCAGAUGGGUGGUGCUGGUGGCGCGGGAGGACUGCCGGGUAUUUUGGGCGGUGGAGGAGGAGGACCCGGUGGGAUGGAUAUGGCUAGCCUGAUGCAGGCUGCUCAGUCGAUGGGUAUGGGCGGCAUGGGCGGAAUGGGUGGUCUGGGUGGUCUUGGAGGUGGUUCUUCACCCGGGCCGAGUUCGAGCGCUGGUGGGAAGGCAAAGAAGGGAAAGAAAUGA